AUGGUAAGUAUGAAUAAAAUCUCAUGGAGUAAUCAUUUAAAAAAAAGACUUUGUUUUUCAGAUUUUAUAUUAGGAGGUAAAAUAUCGGAUAUUCUAUCAGACAAAAUAUCAUCGACAAGUUGGUCUUGUGAAAUGUAUCAUAUCUCCCUCGAUCAACAACAAGAUGUGCGAGAGGCCAUGCGGCAAGCAACUCAGUGUGUAGACGAUGCCGAUGUGCUGCUGGUUGCAGCAGGUGCUGGAAUGGGUGUCGAUGCUGGCCUACCAGACUACUACGGUGGCAUUCACAUAGCACACCCUCGUCUAGCAGGAAUGGGACUGAGUGUAUACGACUUAUCCAACCAUGCAUUGUUCGAGCACAAUCCUGCAUUAGCAUGGGGUCACUGGGUUACAAGACAGCGUGAAUACAUGAAUACACUGCCACAUGCUGGCUAUCAUGUACUUCAUGCUUGGAGUAAAUGUAGCAAACGCAAUGUACGUGUUGUAACGACGAACUUGGAUCGCCAUUUUGUACGCGCAGAUUUCACACUCGACAAUGUAUUCGAGAUGCAUGGAUCAAUGUAUGAUGCACAGUGCAUGCAUGACUGUGGUGUACAUCCAUGGCCACUUGACAUUGCAAAUAUGCCAUCAGUUGACUUGAACACAAUGUUACUACUAGGACCUCCACCAUUAUGCAUACGAUGCGGUGGUCCAGCACGUGUAUGCACGUCAUUGGCAGUAGAUGGCCAUUGGAAUACAGCACAUGUUGAGGUAGCACGUAUGCAUCAUGAAACAUUCUUUCGUGAAUUGCCAGUUGAACGAGUGCUGACUGUUCUGGAAAUUGGCUGCGGCACUGUAAUGCCCAAAUUACGUACAGAGGCGGCACGCAUCGUAUCAGAACAUCGCAUGCGUGGAGGCUGUGCGGCACAUAUUCGAAUCAAUUUACAUCAGGCACAUAUUGAAAACCAUGAAGACAAUAUCUCGUUGCCUCUUGGUGCAUUAGAAGCAUUACGCACAAUGAAUCAAUUGCUAACCGAUUAA